UAUCUGCUGUGUCAACAACAUAUUUCAUCACUAAAGGAGUCAUGUUUAGACGAAGAGUCCCUUUCACACAGAUGGCCUUUGCCAUGCUGCUCGGAGUUGCUGGUGGUUUAUAUAUCUACAGACCUUAUUUUGAGCCGGUGCUGAAAACAUCAAGACAGCAAAACCAGGGAGAGGCGAAGAAAGACAAUGAAACAGGCUGAAAUAAAUCAGAAGCCAGGAGAACAACACUGGACUGUCAGAGCUGAAGGCCGAACUAAAGACAAGACCUGUGUGAAUGAAUUUGCUCUGUGUAAUUGUAAAUGUACAGAAUAAAAUAUUUGAUAUUU